AUGGAGGUCGCAUUGGAGGCCUUCACCAACUUAUCAAAACGCGUCUGGUUGUCAUGUCAACCAGAGGAAGAGGCUCCUCCAGGUUUUGGAGUUAGUCUCGUGCAGAUGGAGUCCGUAGUCAGGGCUUUGUACAGUCAUGCACCGUCUUUAAACCUGAGUUGUAAGAAGCUGCAGCAGGUUCCUCCGUGUGUGUGCAGGUUAACUCACCUGUCGGUUCUUCUGUUGACCCAUAACUCCAUCAGUGCUCUGCCCGCGGACCUGCCCUCCCUCCAGCACCUGACUGAGCUGAAUUUAGGGAAUAAUUCCUUGAAGGAGGUCCCUGCUGUUCUGGCCCAUCUGGAGUCUCUGAAAAAGCUGUAUCUGUACAGCAACCAAAUCACACUGGUGCCACCUGAGGUGAUAGGUUGCUUACCAAACCUGGUUAUACUCAAUCUGAACCACAACCACAUUCAGAGGCUUCCAGCUGAGGUUAAGAGUUUAGUGAAGCUCCAACACCUCAGUGUGAUGGACAACCAGCUGGAGGAGGUCCCUGCUGAGCUGGGUCAUCUCACUGAACUCACUGAGAUGAACUUCACUUUCAACAAUGUAUCCUCUCUGCCUCAGCAGCUGUACCGGUGUAGAGAGCUGACCAAGUUAUACUUAGCCAGAAACAAGCUGAGCCACCUACCAGAGGGAAUUGGAGCACUGGCAAAACUCCAGGUCCUGGAUGUGGCUGGAAACAAGUUGUCCAUGUUCCCUGUCGAGUUUUAUCUGCUGCGUCUUAAAGAGCUCCAUUGUGAAGGCAACAGGUUCAUCCGCUGUGAGCCGAUGUCAGCAGUGCAGCAUGUGGAGGUGCUCACACUGAAGGAGCUGGUUGCCCGGUUUGUCCUACAGGAGGACAGGAACAGGUUGUCUCUGGUCCACAGGAUGCUGCCCCACUACCCCCCCCUGACAGUGCUGUUGGCCAGUGGCAGCUGUUGUGCACUCUGCCGGGGCCCCUUCCUCACCACUUGGCUGGAGUGUGUGCAUUUCAUCAGCUUGAGGAAGGUCAUGCACAUGAAGAGUUCACUGAUUAUUCCAGUGCGUGCCCUUCUCUGUUCAUACAAGUGCUUUAAUACAAGUGGACAUGCAUACUAUGGUGUGGCUUCAAGAUAA